CGGCAGCAAGGCAGAGGCAGUAGGCUGAUGGAGAGAUGGCUGAAUGAGCGCCGUCUGUGGCUGUUCGGCAACAACCUGCCCUUACUGCCUAGAAGGUCACGGGCCUCGUCCAGGCUGAUGGAGAGGUACGAAAAGCUGGGUAAGCUGGGCGAGGGUAGUUAUGGCAUGGUGUUUAAAUGUCGCAACAGGGAGACUGGUCAAAUUGUGGCAAUCAAGAAAUUCGUCGAAUCUGAAGACGAUCCGCUUAUUAGGAAGAUUGCUCUUCGUGAAAUCCGGCUUCUAAAGAGCCUGAAACACCCCAACCUAGUGAAUCUACUGGAGGUGUUUCGUCGCAAACGCAAGCUACAUCUAGUGUUCGAGUUCUGUGAGCACACAGUGCUGCAUGAGCUGGAGCGAUACCCUCAUGGCUGUCCGGAGACUAUGGUCCGUAGCAUCACCUGGCAGACCCUGCAGGGCGUCGCCUACUGCCACCAGCACAACUGCAUCCACCGCGACGUAAAGCCAGAGAACAUCCUGCUGACGGCGCAGGGCGUCGUCAAACUCUGCGACUUCGGCUUUGCCAGGCUCAUGAGUCCUGGUGAAAACUACACAGACUACGUAGCAACUAGAUGGUACCGAGCACCUGAACUUCUUGUGGGAGACACACUUUAUGGACCUCCUGUAGAUGUCUGGGCGAUUGGUUGUGUGUUUGCUGAGUUGGUGCGAGGUGAAGCACUCUGGCCUGGCAAGUCUGAUGUUGAUCAACUUUACCUCAUACGAAGAACACUCGGUGACCUAACGCCAAGACAUAUGCAUCUAUUCAAGACAAAUGAAUUUUUUGCUGGAAUUUCAUUACCCCAGCCGGACUCAAUAGAACCACUUCAUGAGAAGUUGCCAAAACAUUCACUUACGGAUCCAAAUAUUUUAGAUUUUUUACACAGAUGCCUGGACAAGGAGCCCAGCAAGAGAUGGACAUGUGAACAGCUGCUGACACAUCCGUACUUUGACAACUUUCAUUACCAGCUGCCAGAGCAGGAGUUGGAGGAGUUUGAACGGCUCAGGAAACAUAGGGACCGGUCGAGAAACUCGAGUUUCAGCAUCACAGGAGGAGGAUCAAGUCUUCUGCCUCAACUACCAAGUAACGGGCCGAGCCCCGACUACACUCGCCCACCCCAUCUGCAGCGGCACACAUUCGACCAUCUACCAGACAUAUGACAGGUCCGCCGCAGUUGAACUGUCAACACAAAAAUUCAAAUUAUACUCGUCUUUAUUUCAGCAUCAUAAUCCAUUUGAUUUAUUUGUUUUAUUCAGUUAAAACUAAAUACUUUGUAUUACUUUUCACAGG